AUGCCGUACUCGCAAAGCGGAUGGAGGGAGUCUGUCGACUCUCAAGAAGAAGCCAAAAUUGGCUAUAUUCAUGAACAGUUCGACAACUACUGCUUCCUUCCUCGAAUCGAGAACAUGAAGGUGGCUGAAUAUGUUGUCAACAUCAACAUUGUCAACCGAAUCUGCACUGUGAAGAACAAAGUGCGCUUUAUUCCCACACCGCAAGCUCGAAACUACUCCGAAGAUACUCGACAAGAAUCAAAGUUUAUCUACCCGAUUCAUAAUGGAGCAUCAGUAUGCAAGUUCGAAGCUGAGCUUUAUUCCAAGGAAAACACUCUUGUGCACCGAAUCAAAGCGAAGAUUACUGAACGUGAACAGGCGUCUCAGAUCUUCCAACAAUCUAAGGAUGAAGAUAAGGCCGCCGUCAUGGGCACUCUGGACAACACGGCUGCUGACUCUUUCAUUAUCGAGCUUGGGCAAAUUGGACCGGACCAAUCUGUGGCUGUUAAUUUCGAGUAUUUCAUGGAUCUCAAGGUUGAAGAAGGCGGCAAGCAUCGACAUCAAUCCUCUGACAGCCGCUCUCGACUCAUGAAGCUUCACCUCCCAAUGAGCCACAAGAAACGAUUUGUUGUCGGGGAACGAGUGCCUCAGCACAAUCUCCAUGAGAACAUUUACGAUUCAACUUUUGUAACAAAAGUUUACCUUACAUGCGAGCCGCCAGCAAAGCGAGUCUUUGGCAAGAUCAUGGAUUCAACUGGAAAAAUAGUCGAGCGAAAGAUAUCCAAGCAUGUCCACGAAGAGUUGAAGUUGGAGCGAUGGGCUCUUAAUUCGGAGGAACUUAAAGUUUGUCCAGUUGAUAUUGAGAUUUUCAUCGAAAACUCACUUGGAAAAGACUUUUCAAUUGGAAAUAUGACCGAUGCUUUCGAGUGCAACAAGAAAGAGGCCAUUUAUGUAACUCAUAUAAAACCAAAGAAGCUUAUUCCCGACAAUUUCAUCCCAGAAUUUUUGAAGAAAGAAGAGAAAAUGAAGGAAUACAUCUUCCUGAUCGAUCGAUCCGGAAGUAUGAGCGGCAGUCUUAUGAAGCAAGCAAAGCACUGUCUCACGCAAGCUAUCCAACAAUUGCCUCGCAAAUGCAAGUUCAAUAUCGUAUCAUUCGGAUCCCGCUUUUCAAAGCUCUGGGAUGUAGCUCAGCCUUACACAUCCCAGAACAUCACUGAAGCAAAAAUGCAUAUCGACGAAAUGGUUGCCAAUCUCGGAGGAACAGAACUUCUCAAGCCUCUUGAAGAAAUCUUCAAUUGCUACCUGGAUCCGAAAGUUGAGGUUCGAGAUAUCAUCCUGCUGACCGAUGGAUCAGUGUCUAACACCGAGGAAGUGCUCGAAUUUUGUGCUAGAAAUAAAGAAAAGAAUCGGAUAUUUACAGUUGGCAUUGGCUCCGGCGCUUCAACAUGUCUUGUUGACGGCGUCGCUAAAAACACAAGAGGACAGUCGAUCUACGUGAAUCUAAACGACAGAAUGACUCAGAAAGUUCUCCAGCUUGCGAGAUACACGACGGAGCCAGUCUUGGUAUUGAUUGACGUCAAUUUUCCAUCGCUCCCUCCUCAGUGCAUCCCAUCCGGCCCAGGAAUUAAGGGCGAUGAGGUCUAUAUCUAUGAAGAGACAAGGCUAUUUUUCCGAAUCAAGAAGAUCAAUGAGGGUUUCCUGAAAAAAUAUGAAGGCCAAAAUAUUCGCGUAGAAAUGACGUUCAAAAUUGGUGAUCAAGAUGCGGAAUACAUUCACGAGUUUCCAAUUAAUCCUGUUCAAUCUAAUGAGAACACCUCGUUGAUGUCAUACUGGGCCAAACAAGAAAUCCAGAAGCUCGAAGUGCUGAGAAGGUCAAUUGGAUUCCAGGGCGAGCAUGCUGAAGUGAAGGACCGCAUUGUUGAAUUAUCAAAAGAGGGCAACAUCCUACACGCUUAUACCGCCUUCAUCGGUAUCUGCGAAAAAGGAAACGCACCAAAGGCAGGAUCAGAUCCAUCGGCAAGCUUCCAUCUGACGAACUCAGCGUUGGAGACUCUUCAUAACUACUCUGGAUAA